AUGGCGUUCGCGGAGCAUCCGCUGCCCCCUCCUCACCGCCGGGACCUGUGUAGCCGCUCCAUUUGGCUAGCACGGAAGAUCCGUUCAGACCUGACUGCUCUGGUGGACUCUUACAUGAAGCAUCAGGGUCUGAACGGGAACGUGAGCCUGGACUCUCUGGAAGGUGUGCCGACGGCCAGCUCCAGCAGAUGGAGCGAGCUGACUGAGGCGGAGCGGCUCCAGGAGAACCUCCAGGCCUACCGCGCCUUCCACGGGAUGUUGGCCCGGCUGUUGGAAGACCAGCGGGCACACUUCACCCCGGCUGAAGACGACUUCCACCAGGCGAUACACACCAUCCUCCUCCAGGUGGCGGCCUUCUCGUACCAGCUGGAAGAGUUGAUGGCGCUGCUGGAGCACAGGGUGCCCCCCAGGGAGGCCGGCGGGCCGCCCCUUCUCACUGGGGAUGCUGGUCUCUUUGAGAAGAAGCUGUGGGGCCUAAAGGUGCUGCAGGAGCUUUCUCGGUGGACGGUGAGGUCCGUGCAUGACCUGCGGACCAUCUCUCGGCAAAGUGGGGUCCCCGCACGUGGGAGCCAUCGUGCCACCGAGGACAAGAAGAUGUGACUGCGCCCCCUCUCGCUGGCUUUCUCUCCUGAUGGAGGAGACACUGUUCUCUGAGGCCUCAGUUACCCAGUCUUAGCUUUGAAAUCCUCUAAAACCACAGCCAUUUUCACAGGGUUAGAGACACGGACAGAUGGGCAUACAGGUUUAUUCUGGGGUGAGGGUGAGUGUGAAUGUGUGUGUGCGUGUGUGUGCAUGUGUGCACGUGCCAUAAAGGAAUGAUGGCCAUGCAGGUUUAUUCUGGGGUGCACGUGCGUGCAUGUGUGUGCGUGUGCCAUAAACAAAUGGUGGGCAUACAGGUUUAUUCUGGGGGGUGUAUGUGCGGGCCAUAAAGGAAUGAUGGGCAUACAGGUUUAUUCUAGGGGUAUGUGUGUGUGUGUGUGUGCCAUAAAAGAAUGAUGGGCAUACAGGUUUAUUCUGGGGGGUGUGUGUGUGUGUGUGCACGCGCGUGCCAUAAAGGAAUGGUGGGCAUACAGGUUUA